AUGGACGGCGACGCAGAUUUCUUCGAAAAGUUCAAGGACGAGAGUUACGAUGAUUUCUUCACACGCGAGCAACCAUCGCAACCUACCCAACAGGCACAGGCGGGGAAGUCUACCGAUGGCCCAACGUUCUUCGCGAUCCACUCGGAUGACGAUGGCGUGGAUGGUGCUGACGUAAGUGACGGCCCAGAUGAGCAGGCUGCUCCGAGUUUGGUGCCGCAGCCCCCAGCUCCUGAGGCGCAGUUUAGCUCAGAAGACCUGCAGCUUUACCGCGCCUUGGGAGAUUUCUACUUGCGGCUCAAUGCGCAAAACCUUGCGAAUGUGAACCGCAUUGUGGAGCAAUACCGUGGCAACAAGCUCACGCACCUCUUUGCGGCUUUGGCCACCAAGUAUAAUUUGCCACCGCCGGAGGUCAUAGAGCUUGUAGCAUCCUCAUUAUGCAUUAGUUCCCCAUUCGAGUUUCCUGUUGAAAGCUCCCAAAAGCUGGAUGACCACCUGCAGCAACUGCGAGUUGCUGCUGGGCGCGGCAUCGAGGAUCCUGACCGCCGGGAGGAGUUGCUUGCCUCUGUUCUGGCUCCCACGGACGGUACUUCGGCUGCUGUGUCAUCCUCCAUGCUCCAUGCGUUAUGCUUAAGAGGCAUCCCCAGCGCUCGCUUGAGACCGCAUGCAUGGAAAGUCCUGCUAGGUGUGUUACCACAGAAUGCUGAUACUACGCUGCAGACGGAGAAGCGGCGGCUGUACGAGAGCCACAAGCUGUGCUUUUUAGUCCCAGGCCGGGAGAAAUUGGAGAUCAAGGCGUCCGAGCGCCCAUUGAGCGAGUCACUGGAGCUGCUUUCCCAGAUUCAAAAAGACGUGCAGCGAACCCGCCAAGAGGAGGAGCUGUAUCAGCAAACGGCGACGCGGAACGCGCUGAUUUCUGCGCUGUUUGUGUAUGCCCAGCUCAACAACGCAAGAUAUGUGCAGGGCAUGAACGAGAUUCUGGCAACCUUCUUCUAUGUUUUUGCGACUGCUGGUGACGCUGACUUUGCGGAGCACGAUGCUUUCUGGUGCUUUAGCCACCUCAUGCAGAACAUGAAGCCAGGGCUCAUGACUGAUGACGGCUCAGUGGACGGCACUUACUCCCAAGUUAGCUCCUUCGAGAAUCUUCUCCGAAAAUAUGACCCGGAUCUUGCACGUCAUCUUGUGCAGCAUGGCUCUCCUCACUUCGCAGUAGCCUUCCGGUGGUGUGCGGGGCUUUUUGCGCAGGAUGCAAGCCUGCAAGACCUGCUUCAACUGUGGGACUCCUUCAUCGGUGACCCUAUGGGCUAUGAGCUGGUGGUGUACACUUGUUUAGCAUCCCUCAUGGCCUGCCGCGAAGACUUGCUGGCAUCAGAUGAUGAGUUCCAGUUGGCAGAAAUAAUGCGCGGAGCACCGCGAAGGGAUGUCAAGCAGCUGCAGAGGCGGUCAUGGGCCAUUUGCGCACUUGAACGUCGAGAGCAGACUCCACCAUUUCCAGCCCGAUCGGUCGCCCAAGUGGUGGAGCAGAUCGCGGGCUGGGCACAGGGAGCCGCCUCGAAGGCCCAAAACUUCAUGCCUGUUGUCAAAGACAAGGCGAGUCGUGCUUCGGCGGCUGCCAAGGAGGCAUCCAAGGAGAAGGUGCAAGCGGUGCAGAACUGGUUGGAAACCACACCGGUCCGUCAAGAAGUUUUCGAUAAGGCUCAGACGAGGUUUUCCGCCCUGGUCCAAGCGACGGGUGCGGUUGCCAGCAAAGCUGCGCAGAAGUUCGUGGAGACCAUGUGA